AUGAAGCUGCUCUUUGUGCUGGUCGUGCUGGUGCUUGCCAUCAAGGCUCGGGUGGAAAAGUGCGGCAGGGUCCUUCCAUCACCUGCUGUCCAACGACCGGCCAAUCGCAGCCACAUCUCCUACGCUGUCAUGUUUGACGCUGGCAGCACAGGGACGCGGAUCCACGUCUACGCCUUCAUUCACACACAUACAGAGGCAUUGCCAGUUUUGGAAAAUGAGAAGUUUCACUCAAUGAAACCCGGUUUGUCAGCGCACAUCCACUACCCUGAGACAGCAAGGCAUUCUGUUAGAACUCUGCUGAAGGUGGCCGAGAGAACCGUGCCUCGCCCACUCUGGAAAAACACUCCGGUGAUGCUGAGAGCUACAGCUGGUCUUCGACUGAUGUCUGCCGAGAAAGCCCGAGCUCUCCUACGUGAGGUUCGGCGUGCAUUUAACGAAUCACCAUUUCUGGUCCCGGACAACAGCGUGGCCAUCAUGGACGGCAUAAGCGAAGGAAUCCUAGCAUGGGUAACUGUGAACUUCUUGUCUGGUCACCUUCACGCGCACCAGGAGCAGAAGCUGGGAAUCUUGGAUUUGGGGGGAGCAUCCACGCAGAUCACCUUCCUGCCCAAACUCACAGAUUUUUCCAGUUUUGAAAAAUCCACGCCGGCCGUGGACAUUGUCAGAGUAGACAUCCUCAACUCCACCUUCCGCUUGUACACUCACAGUUACCUUGGCAACGGGCUGAUGGCGGCGCGACUCUCUAUGCUAUCUGCUCGUGUUUUUAAAAGUCCGUGUCUGCCCAGAAAGUUUCGAGAUAAGUGGACUUUUGGAGGAGAAACUUACCAAGUGAGCGGAGACCCAGACGGAGCAUCUGGUUACAAGGCAUGUUAUGAAGACGUGUUUAAGACAGUCAAAGGGGUUGUUCAUCAUCGCCAUCUUGGAGAGCAAAAGACACUUUUCUACGCUUUUUCAUAUUAUUUCGACCGUGCUGUGGACGCACACCUCAUCCACGAGGUCGACGGAGGACUGCUGGAGGUCCGAGACUUCAGGAGAAGAGCCAAGGAGGUGUGUAAGGAUUCGAGGAAAGGAACUUUUACUGUCAGUCCUUUUCUAUGUCUGGACUUGACGUACAUUAGCUGUCUGCUUACUGAGGGUUUGGGCUUCAAGGACAACACAAAACUGCAGCUGAGCAAGAAAGUGAACAACGUGGAGGCAAGUUGGGCUUUGGGUGCCACCUUGGACCACUUUAAAAACCUCCACAUACACCUAGGAGAGCGAGGAGGUGGAUGA